AUGCCAGGUCUUCUUAAUCUGCCCAGCGAAAUGCUUGCUCGCACAUUUUCUUAUGUGAAUCAAUCAUCAUUGAAGUCGCUGCGCCAAUCCUGCCGUUUCACGUCGCAUCUAGCCACCGAUCAGCUCUACAGGACCGUACGCCUCCAGCCCGGGAAGAAAAGCCAAAACGCUUUACAAGAGAUCUUGAACAAUCCCAGUCUACGUGGUGUUCCGCGAAAGAUCUACAUAGACACCGUGGACGAGAACAUUGGGUAUUCUUCAGACAGCCCGGAUGAUGAUUUCCUCCACUACCAGGAAUUCCCUCAGAUGCCUCAAUUCCGCUUUAAAGCGAUGCAUCAGUUCUUCUCUCUUCUUGAAUCCUUACCGCAACCAAUUGAAGACCUUGGUAUUCGCAACCUGCAAGCGGAUAACCCCAAAGAUCCGAAAAUACUUGCGAAUAUGGAAAAGGUCCUGUCGGGCCUACUGUCCCUUCUUCUAAGUAUUACCAGCGAGACAAAUGAUGCCGCUCCUGAGCAUGAUCUUGAGAAUCCGGAAAUCCGCAAGUUUUGCAAGGAGUUACCCAGCACAUGGCUGAGUCCUGCUGCGCCUUCUCUCCAACAUCUCUCGCUCUCCUCGCGUGAAUACUCAGGCUUUUACCCUCGCCUAGACCUCUCCAAUCUGUUCUUUCCACAUCUGAAGACGCUAUCACUAGGAAACUUCUGUUUCUUCCAUGAUGACCAAAUCGAUUGGAUUCUGAAGCACGGAGAUACCCUUGAGGAAAUCUACCUCGAUGACUGCGCCAUCCUCUACGGCUUUCGCAUGAUGGAUGAGAAUGUGGAUGCCUGUACUCUGUCCCGGGAUGCCUUUGUACGCCGCAAUGACGAUUAUUCUCUGUACGGUUCGUUCGACAAGCGAUGGCACGAUAUUUUCGAUCUCUUUGCAGAGAAAUUGCCAAAACUACGACACUUCCGAAUCGGCCGCAGUCAGUGGUACCCAGAUGUCCCAUUUGAGCAGGAGAUGGAUAUCAAGGUCGGGCUGUAUUACAAUCGUUACAUGUGCUGCUAUGAUGGAACUGGCCCUUCGCCUUAUAUGGAAGGGGAGAAACCCGAAAAUGUCACAUAUCUUGAACCUGGGUGGAGUCUGGCACCGCAAUGUGACGAUGAGGAUCGCGCGGCACUGCGGAGACUAUUGGCAAAGCUUGGGCAAUCAGUCCAGGAAAGUCAUUUUGGUUCAGACAAUAGUCGUGUAGUUGAUCUUAUUCAGACGAGAUAG